AACGUCAAGCUUAUUCUCCCGGCCCAUUUGUAUGUAUUUCGGGCCUAGUUAAUUCUUUAAAUUUAAACGUGUUCGCGUUAGUCUGAUCUGAGGUGUCUGCAUAAAGUAGUAGAUACAACUGACACGUGGAAGGCCAGAUGUCCAUGACAUUUCCUUGAUGGCUGAAACAUCUAAAGCCUGUUUCGAAAUUUAGCAACGAAAUGCGACAGCGGUGGACAAAAUAUGCGCGCCGAUCAACUCUCACUGCAUUUCUCUUCUUAUCCUCUCUUCUUCCACGCUACUGCAACUUCAAAUUUUCGUACAAAAAUAUUCCUCUCUUCUUCGAAUUUCAAGGCCUCUGUUUAUUCAGAUCGUUUUCUCGGCCAAGUCAAACCCAAACAUAAACCCAGUAAUUGUUCUAACAAUGAUUGCAGUUUAUUAGAUACCGAUGAUGAUGAUGAUGGUGGUUAUGUUUUGGUAGAUGAGGGCUCAGAAUCGCUAUCUGGGGAUGGUGUAUAUAUCGAGAUAAAGAAGCUUGGGAGAAAUUCUCGGCGAAUUCGGUCAAAAAUUGAAAUUGCUGCAAGUCUCGACACUGUGUGGAAUAUAUUGACAGAUUACGAGAAAUUGGUUGAUUUCAUUCCUGGUCUUGCUGUCAGUGAAUUGGUUGAAAAAAGGGACAACUUCGCUCGUAUUUUUCAGAUUGGACAGCAAAAUUUGCCAUUUGGGCUGAAAUUCAAUGCCAAAGGUGUUUUGGAUUGCUAUGAGAAGCAUCUUCAGAAUCUUCCCUCUGGGAAAAAACGUGACAUUGAAUUUAAGAUGAUUGAAGGUGACUUUCAAUUUUUUGAAGGAAAGUGGUCUCUUGAGCAGUGCAGUAGAGGAAAAAGCAAAGAGAGUAAUUCCUUAUCCGGUCAAGAAUUUCAGACUACUCUCUCUUAUUUAGUUGAUGUAAAGCCAAAACUCUGGUUGCCUGUUCGCUUAGUCGAAGGCAGACUCUGCAAUGAGAUAAAAAGUAAUCUUGCAUGCAUUCGAGAAGCAGCACAGAGAGUGAUUAACGAGGAUCUGCAAGCUCAUUAAACUUAUUGGCUUGUUGCCCUGAUACCGACAACCCGUGUUUUAUAAUAGAAACAAUAGUUUGAUUGCUUCUCAAAGCUCAGCCUCGGGUAUAAUAUUGGAUUCAAUAGUUAGAAAAAUAAGGAGAAGGACAGGAUUCUGGUGAGGCCUUUUUAUUUUUCUUAGUUUUUCAAACAAAACUUGCAAUGAUGCUUUUUGUAAUUUUGGACUGGCAUAUAUUCUAGUGAGGUAAAGAACAUGAUUUCAAUUAA